AUGUCGAACGUCAAGAAAGAGGACAAGAAACUCGUGAGUUUCGUGGAAACAAACGCCGACCCCAUGAGCGAGAACAAAGAGGCAACAGAGCAUGUUGAAUCCGCCUCCCAAAUCCUUGAUGAGGGCUGCCGCCAUGAGCAAGCUCGCAGUAUGGUCCAUGGGGAGGUAGUUGAUUCGGAUCUUUCCGCAGGACCAAGCAUCGAGCACGAAGAGACUGAGCCAGAUCUCUCCUCCCAGCAGUAG